AUGCAUCCUAUUUUAGGUGUGGGGACACUCCUGUUUGCUCUGGGUGCUGCCUACCGACCGCAGUGUCGCUAUCUGCCGGGGGACGUCCAAUGGCCGCGCCAGAAGCUCUGGGAUAGGCUAAAUGCCACGGUGGAUGGACGCCUCAUUGCAACAGCCCCUCUGGCCUCAGUGUGCCAUGAUCCGCAGUACAAUGAGACCGCAUGUGCGGUGCUGCAGGAGUGGUGGUCGUGGGCGCGAUAUCAUGAGAAUUCCCCCACCUCGGUCAUGACCCCCUGGUUCCAGGAUCAGGAAUGCAGCCCCUACACCUCGGUCUCAACACCAUGCCAGCUGGGCAAUCUGGUGGCGUAUUCGAUCAACGUUUCCAGCGCAGCCGAUGUGCAGGCAGGGGUCAAAUUUACCCGGGAGAACAACGUGCGCUUGGUCAUCAAGAAUACAGGACAUGAUUACAUGGGUAAAUCUACCGGGCAAGGGGGUUUGGGACUGUGGAUGCACAACCUCAAUGCCAUUGAAGUGCUGUCAGAUUAUAGCAGCCCCAGUUAUCAUGGACCAGCUCUCAAACUGGGAGCAGGGGAGGCGACUGUCCAAGCGUUGGAAUUACCGGGGGGAUUCACUCAAGGCGGCGGACACAGUAUCCUCAGCUCGCAGUAUGGACUGGGGGCCGACCAAGUGGUGGAGUGGGAGGUAGUAACAGCGACAGGGGUGCACCUUAUCGCGUCCCCCUCACAAAAUACUGACCUGUACUGGGCCCUGAGUGGUGGAGGUCCAGGAACGUAUGGAGUGGUCAUCUCGAUGACGGUCCGGGCUCAUUCGGACGCAGGCGUGGUGGGCGGAGCCAGUCUGAGCCUCUCAUCGACCGGUUUAGCGCCAUCCAUCUACUGGGGAGCCAUUCGCCAGUGGCAUGAGAUGCUGCUUCCUAUGACCAAUGCUGGAGCCACUGUCAAUUACCUGGUUACUUCGUCAGCCCUCACCGUCGAGGCAAUUACCCUGGUCAACGGCACCGCUGACGAUAUCCACACCCUCCUGCAGCCCUUCUUGGUCUAUCUCAAUCGGUCCAAUGUCACCCAGGCUGCUUAUACGGUCAAUACGACCACUUCCACCGACUUUCUAUCUCACUAUUUGCGAUAUUUUGGGCCAUUGCCCGACGGCGCCUUCGCUACCGCCCAAUUAAUCGGCGGCCGUCUCUUAAUGACCCUGGUGCAAAACAUUACUGUCUCCACACCCUUCUAUGUCGUUGGCUUUGCGGCCAAUCUCUCCAUUACGGCGUCCAGAAGUCCGGUCGCGUCCAACGCAGUGCUUCCCGCGUGGCGCGACACAGGGGUGUCACUUAUCCUGCCUUCGGUCUGGAAUUUUACCCUGCCUCGCUCCGUCGAAGUCCAACGCGAGCUACAGCUGACCGAAAAGCUGGAGCCGCAAUUGCGCAAGCUUACCCCGGGCAGCGGCGGCUACCUCAACGAGGCCAACUUCAUGCUGCGAACUUGGAAAGAGGAUUUCUACGGCGCAAACUACGACCGUUUGCGCGCAAUCAAGAAAAAAUACGACCCAGAGGAUCUAUUCUACGCGCUUACUGCCGUGGGCAGUGAUGCGUGGACGGUGGCUGACAAUGGGCGUAUGUGUCGAUCGUAG